CUCCAGCUGACCCAGAGGCUGACGCUGCCCCAGGAGCCGGUCAACAUCAUUGUUCCCAUCGUAUACGACAUGGCCACAGGCCUGACCCAGCAGGCUGACAUCCCCAGACAACACUCCUCCUCUGGGGCAGCAGCACUUAUGGUCUCCAACAUCCUCAAGAGGUUCAGCGAGCUGCACCCAGCACGACAGGGUCAGUGGGAUUUUCUGCACACAGAAAUAGAAGAUAGACUGAAAUAUUUGAUUGGGACUCUGACAGAAAAGCUAGAAAUACAACAUUGGUUUAGAUGUUUUUUUUUUCUUCGUAUUAUAUUGAUGUUUUUGUCUCCUCAGGUGAGUGCACUAUCUUUGCCUCAGUUCACGAGCUCAUGGCCAACCUCAACCUGCCCCCUGGUGGUCGCCAGUAG